AUGGUGGAUGGGUGCAACGGUGGCGGGAUCACUUAUGGAGGACGAAGUAAUGGUGAUGGCGGGAACGAAUGGGAACUUCUCGUUUCACUCGCUGUUGGCCCGAUUCACAUAUCGAAUUGUCAUUCGUAUCCUUCCUCUUGUAACAAUCAUCAAUUGGCCAACGGUAGUAAUUAUUUACCGAAGCCCGCCGAUCCUUCAUCCUCCACCAAAGAUUUAGAUUCGGAUUCUCGUAAAAAAUGCUGCUGGGGCGUUGAUAAUUAUCUCCUUCAUAAUCAUGGCGCCUUUGUGUUUUCCAGUGGGAAAUACUUGCUUAUUAAAGAAUUAUGGGAUGUCGGAAUUCCCGGAAAAGUUUGGGAUUCAGCAUUUGUUAUGGUUCAGAUGUUCCAGGACAAAAUCCUUUUCGACUGA